AUGGGCAAGGAACAAUUACAGGUGCUGAAUGCCCUGGACGUCGCUAAAACCCAAUGGUACCAUUUCACAGCGAUUGUGAUCGCCGGCAUGGGCUUCUUUACCGACGCCUACGACCUCUUCUGCAUUUCCCUCGUCACCAAACUGCUGGGUCGCAUCUAUUACCACGUCGACGGCGAGGCCAAACCCGGCAUCCUGCCUCCCAAUGUGUCCGCCGCCGUCAACGGCGUCGCCUUCUGCGGUACCCUCUCGGGGCAGCUCUUCUUUGGGUGGCUCGGUGACAAACUGGGACGAAAGAAGGUUUACGGCAUGACCCUUAUGCUCAUGGUGAUAUGCUCCGUCGCCUCUGGUCUCUCCUUCGGAAGAGAUCCCAAAACCGUGAUGGCCACCCUCUGCUUCUUCCGCUUCUGGCUCGGAUUUGGCAUCGGCGGCGACUACCCUCUCUCCGCCACCAUCAUGUCGGAGUACGCCAACAAGAAAACUCGCGGGGCGUUCAUUGCCGCGGUCUUUGCGAUGCAAGGUUUUGGGAUUAUGGCUGGUGGUGUGUUCGCCAUUUUGAUCUCAGCUGCGUUUAAGGCCUGGUUCCCUGCGCCGGCUUAUGAGGUCAAUGCGGCAGCGUCCACCGUCCCGCAGGCGGACUAUGUUUGGCGCAUAAUUCUGAUGGUGGGAGCCCUCCCGGCUGCGCUCACUUACUACUGGCGGAUGAAGAUGCCCGAAACUGCUCGGUACACCGCCCUCGUCGCCAAGAACGCAAAGCAAGCUGCCGCGGAUAUGUCGAAGGUUUUGCAGGUGGACAUUGAGGCAGAGCCCCAGAAGGUGGAGAAUGCGGCCCACAAGAAAUCCUACGGAUUGUUGUCCAAGAAGUUUCUUUGCCGCCAUGGCCUGCACUUUCUGGGAACUACAAGCACCUGGUUCUUGCUGGACAUUGCAUUUUACAGUCAAAACCUGUUCCAGAAGGACAUUUUCAGCGCAAUUGGAUGGAUCCCUUCGGCGAGCACGAUGAAUGCGAUUGAGGAGGUUUACAGAAUUGCAAGGGCACAGACCCUUAUCGCUCUGUGCAGUACUGUCCCUGGUUACUGGUUUACGGUUGCUUUAAUAGACAAAAUUGGAAGGUUUGUCAUCCAGUUGAUGGGAUUCUUCUUCAUGACGGUGUUCAUGUUUGCACUGGCAAUUCCCUAUGAUCACUGGACUCACAAGGAAAACAGAAUUGGGUUUGUGAUCAUGUAUUCACUGACUUUCUUCUUCGCGAACUUUGGGCCCAAUGCCACAACAUUUGUGGUGCCUGCGGAGAUUUUCCCAGCGAGGCUGCGUUCCACUUGCCAUGGGAUAUCUGCGGCGUCCGGGAAGGCCGGGGCAAUGGUGGGCGCAUUUGGGUUCUUGUACUUGGCACAGAACCAGGACAAGGCCAAGGCGGAUGCUGGGUACCCUGCAGGAAUUGGGGUGAGAAAUUCACUAAUUGUGUUGGGGGUGGUCAACUUGUUGGGCAUGUUGUUCACUUUCUUGGUACCUGAACCCAAUGGAAGAUCCUUGGAGGAGAUUUCAGGUGAGCAAGAGGAUGAUGAAGAUGCCUAG